AUGAACAUCGUCAAAUCAUGGCCAAUGGUGAGGGAAUUCCUACUGCUGGGAUUCUCGGAGGUCUGGUUGCUGCAGCUGAUCCACGCCACGCUGUCCCUCCUGGUCUACCUGGCGGCCUUCUUUCUGGAGGCUCUGUUUGACGGUUCAGAGGUGUUCCUUCUCACGGCGAUGUCCUACGAAAGCUACGUGGCCAUUUGCUGCCACUUACGCUACGGGCUCAUCAUGGACCGAGGGCUCCUCGAGGUCCAGCAGUUCUUCUGGGAUGUCCGCUCCCCCCGAAGACCUCUCGUUCUGGGACGCACGUUGUCACUGAUACCAGUUUCAUCGUUGGCAACCUGCAGAUUCUCCAAGGAAAUGGCCAACCUCAUGGCAUAUUGGAGCUGUGUGCCUCAAGUCUUUCUGGUGAUCCUGUUUUCCAGCUCGGAGUUGUUCAUCCUCAUGGUGAUGUCCUACGACCGCUACAUGGCUAUCUGCCAUCUCCUGUGCUACGUGAUCAUCGUGGACCGUGGGGCCUUUGUCAAAAUGGCGAAGCUUAAGAGUUUCUAUGGACACCACGAGGUCCAGCAGUUCUUCUGUGAUGUCCGCUACCUGCUGAAGGCCUCUAGUUCUGAAACACACGUUGUUAUCAACGCUAUUGAGACCAUCGGUGGCGUCUUUGGUUUUAUCUCCUUCGUCCCCAUCGUAGUCCCGUAUGCGUGCAUCUUCCGGGCCACAACCUGCAGAUUCUCCAAGAAAAUGGCCAAUCUCACAGUUGUCACAGAAUUCCUGCUUCUGGGAUUCUCGAAGGUCCGGGAGCUGCAGCUGGUCCACGCCGCGCUGUUCUUUCUGGUCUACCUGGCGACCCUGUCUGGGAAUCUCCUCAUCGUCGCUGUCACCGCCCUCGACCGGCGCCUCCACACCCCCAUGUACUUCUUCCUCAGGAACCUGUCCGUCCUCGACCUCUGCCUCAUCUCUGUUACCGUCCCCCAGUCCAUCCACAACUCCCUGACCAACCAACGCUCGAUCUCUUAUUGGGGCUGUGUGGCUCAGGUUUUCCUGGUCGCCCUGUUUGCCGGCUCAGAGCUGUUUCUCCUCACGGCAAUGUCCUAUGACCGCUACGUGGCCAUCUGCCACCCCCUGCGCUAUGGGGUCAUCGUCGACCGAGGGACCUGCAUAAAAAUGGCUGCCGCCUCCUGGCUCAGCGCGGGGCUGUUUGGGGUAGUGUACACAGCCGGGACAUUCUCCCUAGGCUUCUGCGGACACCACGAGGUCCAGCAGUUCUUCUGUGAUGUCCUCUCCCUGCUGAAGGCCUCUCGUUCUGGAAACCAUGUUGUCAUCGAUGUCAGUAAGGUCAUUGGUGCAGUCUUAGGUUUGAUCUCCUUCGUCUCCAUCGUCGUCUCGUACGUGCGCAUCUUCCGGGCCGUGCUGAGGAUGCCGGCCGCCGAGGGCCGGGCCAAAGCCUUCUCCACCUGCCUGCCUCACAUCACAGUCGUCACCUUCUUCCUCUCUACGGCCGCCAUUGCCUACCUCAAGCCCGUGUCAGACUCCCCUUCGACCCUGGACCUGCUGGUGUCCGUGUUCUACACCAUGGUUCCCCCCGCCCUGAACCCUCUCCUUUACAGCCUGAGGAAUCGGGAUAUGAAGGCCGCCCUGGGGAGGGUUCUUGGGAGGCAUCAAUUCCUCAACAUUAAAAGGCCCCUCUCUCUGCCCUGA